AUGGCGACCCCAUUAUACAUCGGCUUCGACCUCUCAACCCAACAACUCAAAGCCCUCGUCGUAAACUCCUCCCUAAAAGUCAUCCACACCUCCAUCUUCGACUUCGACGCCGACUCCCACAACCACCCCAUCAGAAAAGGCGUGCAGACCAACGAAGCCGAGCACGAGGUCUUUGCCCCCGUCGCUCUCUGGCUGCAAGCUCUUGAUGGCGUUCUCGAGGGCCUUAAAUCCCAGGGUCUCGAUUUUAGCCGCGUGAAGGGGAUUUCGGGGGCGGGGCAGCAGCAUGGGAGUGUUUAUUGGGGGCGGGAGGCGGAGAGGAUGUUGCAGGGGUUGGAUGCGGGGAGGGGAUUGGAGGAGCAGUUGAGUGGGGCUUUUUCGCAUCCGUUUAGUCCGAAUUGGCAGGAUUCGAGUACGCAGAGGGAGUGUGAUGAGUUUGAUGGGGUUUUGGGGAGUAGAGAGGAGUUGGCGCGGGUUACGGGGAGUAAGGCUCAUCAUAGGUUCACGGGUCCUCAGAUUAUGAGGUUCCAGAGGAAGUACCCUGAUGUAUAUCAGAAGACGGAGAGGAUUUCCCUUGUUUCUUCGUUCCUGGCUUCGUUGCUUCUGGGCCGUAUUGCGCCGUUUGAUAUCUCGGAUGUUUGUGGAAUGAACCUGUGGGAUAUCAAGAAGGGGGUAUACCAUGAGGAGCUUCUGAAGCUGUGCGCAGGCUCGUUUGGUCCAGAGGACCUGAAGCGAAAGCUGGGCCCUGUUCCUGAGGACGGCGGUUUCCAUCUGGGCAUGAUUGACCGGUACUAUGUCGACCGGUAUGGCUUCAGUCCCGACUGUGUAGUGAUUCCCUCAACCGGUGACAACCCGGCCACCAUCCUUGCCCUGCCACUACGACCCUCAGACGCAAUGGUGUCCCUGGGAACAUCGACGACCUUCCUCAUGUCUACCCCCAGCUACAAACCCGACCCGGCAACACACUUCUUCAACCACCCCACAACCCCAGGCCUCUACAUGUUCAUGCUAUGCUACAAGAACGGCGGCCUAGCACGAGAAUACGUCCGCAACGCCAUCAACGAGAAACAAGGCAACCCCUCUUCCUCAGCACCAGGCGGACCAUGGGCGAACUUCGACAAGACCACACUGGCAACACCCCCCAUGGGCCAAAAAUCCGACACCGACCCCAUGAAACUCGGCCUCUUCUUCCCCAGACCAGAAAUCGUCCCCAACCUCCCCGCCGGCCAGUGGCGCUUCACCUACAACCCCUCCACAAAAGCCCUCACAGAAACAGAGGACGGCUGGGACCACCCCACCGACGAAGCCCGCGCCAUCGUCGAAAGCCAACUCCUCUCCCUCCGCCUGCGCUCGCGCGGCCUAACCGAAAGCCCUGGCGUGGGCAUCCCCGCGCAACCCCGCCGCGUGUACCUCGUAGGCGGCGGCUCGAAGAACCGCGCCAUCGCCAAGGUUGCUGGUGAGGUCCUCGGCGGUAUCGACGGUGUGUAUAAGCUGGAUGUGGGUGAUAAUGCGUGUGCGUUGGGAGCGGCGUAUAAGGCUGUUUGGGGAUUGGAGAGGGAGCCUGGACAGACGUUUGAGGGGUUGAUUGGGCAGCGGUGGAGGGAGGAGGAGUUUAUUGAGAAGAUUGCGGAUGGAUAUCAGCCGGAAGUGUUUGAGAGGUAUGGGUUGGCUGUGGAGGGGUUUGAGAAGAUAGAGAGGGCUGUGUUGGGGCAGAAGCAGUAG